AUGGCACCCGCCUCGGGGCCGGCGAAGAUGGCCUCGUGGUCGGGUUCGCGGCGGCCGCGUGAGUUUGGCACCAUCUUCUUCAGUGACGGUGAUAUCUAUGUGGGGGAGUACUAUACUGGCAAGAGGAAUCAGAAGAUCCGCGAUGGCUGGGGAGUUGAGCUCAGACACUUCGGCGAACGAUACGAAGGUGAAUGGUGCAAUGGCCAUCGAGAAGGGCUCGGCAUUCUGACAUGUACCAAUUCUCAACGAGCGCCUUCGUUGCACCUCUCCGAUCUCGACCAAAACUGUAAAGAUUUCAUCGGCGCCGAGCGCUUCUGCGGUCGCUUCAAGCGAGGCGGACGGCACGGCGGUGUGGGGGUCACGAGCUGCGGCACGUUGGUCCGGGAGGUGUGGCAGCGGCGCGAAAACGGGCGGCGCAAGGCGAAAGCUCUUCAGCCGUUGCAACGGGUGCCACUCUUUUCGUGUGAGCCGAGUAGUCCAAGUCACCAGAACCAUCAGAGCCCCAGCUCGAGCCAUUCGGACGAGGAGCGGCUCCGCUCCACGCGCCGUUCGGAGCGGGUCCGCGAGCGGGUCCGGCGCUCACGGAUUACGUCGAUGUCUGAGUGGACAGUCCGUGAAGUGCAAUAUUUUUGUGCAUGUCUUGGAAUAGGGGGUGCGGCUUUGGCUUGCCGCCUUGAAAAGCAUGCAGUCAAUGGAGAUGUCUUGCUCUCCAUAGCAGAAAACCACUCUGACUUGGUCAAAGAGCUUUUUCCAUUAGAUCCUGGCUGCCGUGCGUGUCCACAAAUGCCUGGGGUCAGUGCACGACACCGAAUUCUCAUCGCAAAUGUCGACUUUUUCCGGAGAGCCCUGCAAAAGGUGAAGGAGCCUCAGCCGACAGAAGAUGACUUGAAGGCAAAGUUUUCUCUUUUGCAGAUUCCCAAGGAUGACCUGCAACUCACUGGCUACAUUGGUGAGGGAGGUUUUAGUCGGGUGUACAGCGGCCUUUGCAGGAAUGUCCGGGUGGCGGCCAAAUCCACCGAGGGUGUGCGAGAGAAGAAGGAGUUGACGAACCAGAUCUCUUCAAAGCGGGUGCCAGUGAGCUUUUACAAUGAGAUCCACAUCUUACACCGACUGCAAGAGCACCCCAACUUUCCAGUCCUCAUCGGAUACAGUCUUCCUCACAACAUCAUCGUGAUGGAACUUGUGCCAGGCCAGUCCUUGCAUGACCUGUUGCAUUCGCGGAAGAGGCGGACGUUUCUAUCGAUCUAUCGGGAGUGUGACUUCGGCUACAGAGAUAUUUUGCAUGUGGCCAAGGAGAUUUGCAAUGGCAUGGCCUACAUGCACGCUCUAAACAUCGUUCAUUGCGACAUCAAGACCAUGAACAUCUUAGUGUCAAAUCAUCAACCAGCACCCGAUCGAGCGCGCUGGUCUUGCCUACCAUGGGUGGCUUCUGCGCGUGAGACACGGGAACCUUUGUCCGUGAAGAUUGUGGACUUUGGCUUUGCCCAGGACAUCGACGUGGAAGAGACUUCGAUGGUGGAAGAUUUCUGCCGGACUGUCCAUGUUGGGUGUUUGGGCACCUACCAGUAUAUGGCCCCAGAAGUCUUCCGGGCGGAAGGAUACUGCAAAGCCUCGGACGUUUACUCGUUUGGGAUGGUUUUGUGGGAGAUGAUUGCAAACCGAGUUCCCUUCCAAGACUAUACUGCCUUUCAAGUCAUGGCACAGGUGGGAUUUGCCCGGAAGCUGCCAGAGCCACCGGAGAUUUGCCCCCUGAGUUUGCAGAAGUUGCUCUACAGUGCUUUGCGAGUUGAGCCCAGAGAGAGGCAACGCUUUUUGGACCUCGCGGAACAAUGCAAGCAGCUUUUGACCUCCAGAAGCGUUGAGAUCGAAUCCAUGUUUUGGAAUUGGCUUGCCUUAGUCUAA